AUGUGUUUGUGGAAAAUAAUACAAGAUAGAUAUGGCGUAUCGGAUAAAGCAGGUGCAGCCAUAGCAUCGGCUGUGUUAGAAGACUAUAGAAUUAUUAAUAUUGAUGAUAACCAAAAUAUCAUUGAUAGAUAUAAAGUCAGAAGGGCCCGCGAUAAUGAACGUAAGAAGCUCCAGAAAGUCCAAACUGAAUCUCACUCUUUGCGAGGCCUCUAUUUUGAUGGACACAAAGAUAUAACUUUGUCAAUUCUUGACAAUAGAACCCAACCUGUUGUGGAGGAACAUGUAGUUCUAAUAGAUGAACCUGGUUAA